AUGGCCGUACCAGCUGCUCUCAUCCCACCGACUCCGCUGGUCCCUCCGCCGUCUUCGAUCUCCAUACCCUCCGCCACCACGUCCCCGCCGUCCAGCACCUCGUCCCCGUCUCCAUCGCUCGUCGCUCCGCCGUCAUCAGUCGCAGCAGCAGCAGCAGCAGCCGCAGCAGCAGCAGCAGCGCAGAAUCUGUUCAGAUCGGAGCUGCUGGCCACGGGCAGCCCGGGUCUCCCCAAUCCCAACAAACCGGUCUACUCCACUCCGUCUCCCGUUGAGAACAUCCCGCAGAACAACGAGUGCAAGAUGGUCGAGUUGCGCGGUGCCAAAGUGGCGUCUUUCACCGUGGACGGCUGUGAGCUCAUCUGUCUACCACAAGCCUUCGACUUGUUCCUCAAGCACCUGGUCGGCGGACUGCACACCGUCUACACCAAACUCAAGCGGCUCGAGAUCACGCCGGUCGUGUGCAACGUGGAGCAGGUCCGCAUCCUCAGAGGGCUCGGCGCCAUCCAGCCCGGAGUCAACCGCUGCAAACUCAUCUCCAGAAAAGACUUCGAGACGCUCUACAACGACUGCACAAACGCCAGCUCCAGACCAGGGCGGCCUCCCAAAAGGACUCAAAGUGUGACAUCGCCUGAGAACCCCCACAUCAUGCCACAUUCUGUCCCAGGUCUGAUGUCCCCCGGUAUGAUGCCACCCACAGGCUUGACAGCAGCAGCGGCAGCAGCUGCCAACGCAGCCAUCGCAGAGGCCAUGAAGGUCAAGAAGAUCAAGCUGGAGGCCAUGAGCGGCUACCACAGCAACACCAACCACCACGGCCCAGACGGGGAGAACGGAGACCUCAGCUCCAGUGUUGGCCUGGAACUCCCCUUCAUGAUGAUGCCCCACCCCCUGAUCCCCGUCAGCCUGCCCCCCGCCUCCGUCACCAUGGCAAUGAGUCAGAUGAACCACCUCAGCACCAUCGCAAACAUGGCCGCCGCAGCGCAGGGCCAGAGUCUGCCCUCCAGAAUGGUCACCUCGGUCAUAAAGGGGCUGCAGGAGCGCGUCCAGGAUAGCCCGUCUCCGGCCCCGUCUUUAGAGGACCAUCGGAGGCCCGGGAGCCAGCCCUCGUCCCACCGCAGCAGCAGCGUGUCCAGCUCCCCGGCCCACACAGAAAGCUCCUCAGAUAGGAUACGUACGUCCAUAUAUGAGCUCAAAUCACAGAGACACACACAUCACAAUGGUCUGUCCAUGAACCACGCUCUACUCGGUCUGUCCCCCAACAUCCCCCCUGGUCCCAAAGAGGGGGACCUGGCACACGACAUGAGCCAUGAGUUAAAGAGGAUGCACGCCGACAAAGAAGACAACCCAUUGUGCACCCCAACAGCAAGAGACAGUUAUGAGCGGCUAUCACUGGCGGGACAAGGUCUGCCUCCUGGUUUCCCAUCACCUUUCCUCUUUCCAGACGGGCUGUCGUCGAUAGAGACUCUGCUUACCAACAUACAGGGCUUGCUGAAAGUGGCCAUCGACAACGCUCGCGCUCAGGAGAAGCAGGUCCAGCUGGAGAAGACAGAGCUGAAGAUGGAACUGUUCCGGGAGCGAGAAGUGCGAGAGACUCUGGAGAAGCAGCUGGCCAUGGAGCAGAAGAACCGAGCCAUCAUCCAGAAGCGUCUGAAGAAAGAGAAGAAGGCCAAGAGGAAACUGCAGGAGGCGCUAGAGUACGAGUCCAAGCGGCGGGAGCAGGUGGAGCACACGUUGAAGCAGCCCUCCCCAUCAGACAGCAUGCGCUCACUCAACGACGCUCUGACCCCUGAGAUGGAGAGUGACCGCAGCAGUGCAAGAACAGAUGCUGAAAGGACAAUACAAGAUGGGCGACUGUUCCUGAAGACUACAGUCAUGUACUGA